AUGGCAUCAGGAAUGAAAGAAGAUCACGAGCUGAACGGCAAUGUUGGCAAGCUGUUCUCGAAGGCUGCGCGCGAGUACGUGUUAGGAGAAAAACCGGCUAAUACCGGCGGCAUCUUUGUCUACUACGACAAGGAUAUUGUCCAAGGUGUUGGCUCGACUCGACAUGACGAGCUCAGAAAUGAGUGCGUCGGAUAUAUGCUCGAGACCAAGAAAGACAAGAACGAUUCGGGUACAGAAGCGGCGUUUGGAAGCGUGCGAUCACCAUACUGA